ACGUGAUAAGAGGGAGUAGUAGGGAUAACUCCUGAAAAUCGCCUUGAAUAUAAAAAUAAUUCCGAACACUGAUUUAAACAAGAGAGUCGUCCAGUCGUCAGUUAUUUCAUCGUCUUCAAAAAGCACACGUCGACAAAUUUGUUCAACGACAGAACUUGAGAAAUUUAACAAGUUAACGCUUAGGAAUUUUAGAUCGGUGUUCCCGAUGUUUACUACGCAUGUGAUCGAAAAAGUGAUCCUUAAAAAAAAGUUUGAAUAAAUCAUUCAGUUUGGAUUAGUUUACAACUUUCCAUUAUCGUGCAUCGUGAGGAUGACUUUAUAAAAGAUUGCAACGUUACAUACGAAAUCAUGGAGGCAUGCUUGAGUGCAGGUUGUGCAGCUGCAACGACUGGUGCUUCUACAUCCAUUUUCCUGCAACUGGUGCAAUCAAUUCUAGUCGCACAAUGCGCUUUGAACGACGCGAGCAAAUAUCCACCAGACCGCUCGGAAGAAAUCGCGAAUAGCAACAUCGAAUUUGACUUCGUCAUCGUAGGUGCCGGAAGCGCUGGAUCCGUAAUAGCUAAUCGUUUGACCGAAGAAAAGAAAUGGAAAGUAUUGCUGAUUGAAGCUGGAGACAACCCUUCAGCUAUCAGCGAAAUCCCCGGAAUAUUUCCGCAGUUAAUAACGUCACCCGAAGAUUAUUUCUGGGAAGUCGAGGCUGAGAAAUUCGCUUGCCAUAGCAGCAAGACAACAUUGUGCAGCUGGCAUGCAGGCAAGGCACUUGGCGGCAGUUCCACGAUAAACGCUAUGCUCUACAUUUACGGCAACGCGAAAGACUACAACGAGUGGGCCGAAAUGGGUAACGAAGGUUGGAGCUACGAGGAAGUUUUACCGUAUUUCAAAAAAUCACAGCAAUGUAACCAUAAUUACAAUGACAAUUGGAAAAAGAGAUACUGCGGUCAGAAUGGACCGUUGCAUAUCAGACAUUAUAACUACACUGACUCAAAACUACAAGAAAUGUUUGUAGACGCUGCACGCGAGUUAAACGUGCCUAUUCUAAAAACUAUUAAUGGCGACGAGCACAUUGGAUACGGCAGAAGUCAUGUAACUGUGGAUGAAGGUCGUAGGAUGAACACAGCAAAAGCCUUCUUGUCGCCGAUCAAAGACAGAAGCAAUCUCUACGUGAUGAAGUCUACCCGAGCCGACGCCGUUAUCCUAGAUGGAACUCGAGCUGUCGGGCUACGCGUGACUCUGAAGGACGGUAGGUCGAUCGACGUGAAAGCGUCGAAAGAGAUAAUUCUAUCCGCGGGCAGUAUCGGCAGUCCACGUAUACUAAUGCUUUCCGGCAUUGGGCCUAAGCAGCAUCUGCACGAAAUGGGAGUACAGUGUAUCGUUGAUUUACCGGUCGGCCAAAAUCUUCAGGACCACGUUAGCUGGCAUGGUAUAUACUUACUCUACAAGAGUGAGACAACAUCGUCGCCGCAUUUUUCCAUGUUGGACGAGCUUUAUCAAACUCUGAUGCAUAAACAAGGUCAAUUAUCAAACCUCAUGAAUUUCGACUUCAUGAGUUUCAUCAAUGUGAGCGAUUCGAAUUCUAAAUACGCCGACAUCCAGUUCCUUCAUAUGCACUAUUCACACAAGAAUUUGGCUUUGGUACACAUGUUGUCACAUGUAUUCUCGAUACAUGAUCAGAUAACGCUUGAAAUACUAAAAGCGUUGAAUGAAGCCGAAAUAUUACAUCCUGUUCCGGUUCUGCUGAAACCAAAGAGUAGAGGCAAGUUGCAACUACGUAGCAAGAAUCCGGCGGUUCCUGUCAAGAUCUACGCGAACUACUAUUCCGAACAGGAGGAUAUUGAAACGAUGUUGAAAUCAUUAGACUAUAUAAGAAAAGUGUUAAAAACCAAGAUAUUCGUACGAGAAGGAGUGUGGUUGCAUCACUUGGAUAUUGCUGGGUGCCAACGCUUUGAACCCGAUUCCAAUGAAUAUUGGAAAUGCAGUUUGCGACAUUUGUCUUUCACGCUUUUCCAUCCUGUUGGUACGGCAAAAAUGGGUCCUCGGGAUGAUCCGACGGCCGUUGUCGAUAGUCGAUUGAGAGUUCACGGCGUACAAGGACUCAGAGUCAUCGAUGCGUCUAUUAUGCCAACAAUUACCAGCGGAAACACGAAUGCACCAUCGAUAAUGAUAGGGGAAAAAGGCGCGGAUUUAAUAAAAGAGGAUUGGGCGAAUACGAAUUACAAACAAGAAUUAUAGAAUGUAGUAUAACUAUGCUACGCGCUUCUUGUAGGACUAAAGUUUUUGUUUCUUAAUCUUUCUUGUGUCGUUAAUCACUGAAUAGUAAAUGAAUUAGAAAAAUUUAAUCUAAAUACACAGGCUGCUGAACAUAUUAUUUUAUUAUAUAUGUGAUUUUAAAACUUGCUUUAAAAUUAUAUAAAUUUUGUUAUAUAUUAUUUUUUAGAACUUGUGUAACAUGUAUUUUAUAAUGCAAAUAAAUUUAUGUAAUAAUAUUCCAUCAAACUUUAACAUAAGCACAAUAACUAAACAAAUAUAAAAGUGUUUUCUUCUAACAGUCA